AUGUCCGCUGAACCCAAGGAAGAAGAAACCCAUAUCAACAUCAAAGUUAGUGAUGGAUCCGCUGAGAUCUUCUUCAAGAUCAAGAAGACCACUCCUUUGAAGAGAUUGAUGGAUGCUUUUUGUAAAAGAGUAGGUAAACCUAUGGCCAAUAUGAGAUUCUUGGUCGAUGGUACCAGAGUUCAACCUGAAAAUACUGCUGAAGAUUUAGAUUUGGAGGAUGGUGAUAUGAUAGAAGCUCACCGUGAACAGACGGGGGGAUGUUAG